CCAUAUCUGAGCGUGUGGGCGUUUCCAAACUCCUCCUUUGGCUGGGGCUGGAGCCCGAGGGGCUGGAGGAGAGCAGUCCCUGUUUCAUCCUGCAAGUGCUGGACACGCCGGGGCUCUCCAUCUGCUGCCUCCACAGCUCCAGACGUUGGCCCAGGAAAAGAAUGUGGUAACAUCUGUGGGAUCUCCAGGCAGGAAUAAACAUGUCAGCCCUGGAGCUGAGGAGGCAGAGGAAUUGUGCUGCUGUCCUUGGGUCACUCCUCACUGCCGCUCUCAUUGUGACUGUCCACAGUCGCUGCCCUGCCCCGCCACGCUCCCCGUCGGCAGAGCCCAAGGAGCAGUUCCAGGGCAUUCAUCUGUUCCCCUACGGCUACAGGAUGGAAUUCGUCUGCCGGCCGGGCUUUGUGAGAAAUGCUCGCACUGGAAACAUCCUGAUCUGUGGAGCAAACGGCAUGUGGAGUGGGCCAAGUGACAUCUGCAUAGCCAAGGCGUGCACCUACCCGGGGGAGCCGGCCAACGGCAGACUGGUCCUGGCCGAAAGCUUUGCUUUUGGCUCCAAAGUGAACUUCAGCUGCAACACUGGGUACAGACUGAUUGGACACUCUGAGAUUGAAUGUGUGGUUAGAAACGGGAUUCUUACAUGGAACAGAGAUAUCCCCACCUGUCAGGCGAUUCCCUGUGCACCCCCUCCAGAGAUAGAGAAUGGGCAGCACAGUGGGAUCGACAAGGAUGAUUUUGUGUACGGGGAAUCUGUCACCUACCGGUGCCACAGCCCCAGGAGGGGGCAGAGAUCUUUCUCCCUGGUGGGAGAGGCCUCGAUUUUCUGCACAACCAGGGAUAACCUGAAUGGUGUGUGGAGUGGCCCAGCUCCGGAAUGCAAAGUGGUGACGUGCAAGCAGCCCAGAGUGGAGAAUGGGAAGCUGCUGAGCGGGUACCGGCCCGACUACACCUUCGGGGACACGGUGGUGUUCGACUGCGACUUCCGCUACAGCCUCAGCGGCAGCGGUGCCUCCACCUGCAGGGACAGCGACCUCUGGGAGCCCCCCCUGCCCCUCUGCCAGCGCAGCAGCUGCGAUGACCCCCCCGAUGUGAGGAAUGCUGUGAAGGCCAGGCUGGCUGGGAACCUGUUCCCUGUGGACACCGUGGUCACCUACGAGUGCCAGCAGGGCUACCAGUUCAGCGCGGGGGAAACCACCCGCAACGUCACCUGCCUGCCGGAUUUUGGGUGGAGUGCGGCCCCACCUCCGUGUGAAAGAAUUCUUUGCCCAGAUCCACACAUCCCAAAUGGAAAGCCCAUGCACCCAUGGCACGUGAAAGAGGUUUAUGAGUACGGGGACAGGCUGGAGGUGGAGUGCAGUGAAGGAUUUGCUUUCGAGAGCCAUGGCAGCAGCAUCACCCUCCGCUGUACCCAUGACGGCAGCUGGGACCCAGCAGUACCAGAGUGCAUUCCAGAACCACAUUGCUCAAAGCCUGACAUCCCUCAUGGGAGAGAGGUUUACAAUCGCAGGAGUGGCUACACAGUGGGGGCCCAGGUGAGGCUGGCGUGUGACGAGGGCUACGCCCUCCGGGGCUCGGAGUCCAUCACCUGUGGGGCCGAUCUGAGCUGGGAGCCUGAGCUGCCCUUUUGUGACAAAGUCUGUGAGCCGCCUCCACAAAUCUCCUUCGGGCAGCACUCUGGCAGAAGGGACAGGGUGUUCCCCUACGGCACCAACGUGACCUACAAAUGUGCAGAGGGGCUGUCCCUCGUGGGGGACGAGUCCAUCUACUGCACCUCGGACGAUGGGAAGAACCUGGCGUGGAGUGGACCUGCCCCGGAGUGCAGGGUGGUUCGGUGCCCCAGGCCCGUGGUGGAGAGGGGAAGGAUGACCCCGCAGAGGUUCACCUUUCCCUACGGGCUGCUCCUGCACUUCUCCUGUGACAAGGGCUUCAGGCUGCGCGGCGCUGCCCAGAGCCGCUGCCGGGCCGAUGGCACCUGGGACCCUCCCGUGCCCACCUGCCAGCCAGUUCAGUGCCCCAGGCUCCCAAGGCAGGAGGAUGCUGUGGUUCACUUCAACAAGCUCUGGUAUGAGGUGAAUGAAACCGUGUCCUUCACCUGCAAACGUGAUGGGCAUUUAGGGACACUUUCAAAAACCACCUGCUCAGCUGAUGGCACCUGGACACCACCCCCCACAUGUAAGAAGCAUAAUACCUGUGAGAGGAUUCUGCAAAACAAAGCAGCUUUCCAGUGUGGGAUCCCUCUGUCAGACCUGAAAACGCUGCUGGAAGUCCAGAAGCUCUACCUGGAGAUCCAGAAACUUGAAAAGGAGCUAAAAAUCCCCACCUACAGCAACGCCUUCGCUCCCUGUGUGCCCAGCAGGGCAGGGGCAGAGCAGCCUCCCCUGCCAUGCCCAUCCCUGCUGGGGAGCUCAGGGUGGUCAGCGCUGCCCAGGGCAGGUCAGCAGGGCUGGGGGUGGUGUCAGUGGCGUGUCUGGCGUGUCCCCAACUUCCCACUGCUGCUUCCCCUUCCCUGGCAGGCUCUCGGGGGAGAGGAUCUCUCCUUCCCAGGGCAGCUCCCAUCCCGCACCAUGCCCGGGCUCCUCGGGCUGGGGCAGCUCCUGGCAUUGGUGAUUCUCGUGCUGCAGCCCACGGGGACUCUGGAGGCUCAGUGUCCCAUCCCUUCCAUUGCAAACGGGCAGCUGAGAUCUGCAGAGAACUUCACCUAUGGCAGCACGGCCACGCUGGAGUGUGACCCCGGCUUCACGGCGCUGGGCACCAGCACCACGGCGCGGUGCACGUUCAACGGCAGGUGGUACCCACGGGUGCCCUCCUGCGUCCCAGGGCAGUGUUCCCACCCUCCCGCUGUGGAGCACGCCGACGUCCAGCACCGGCACGAAUUCCUCGUUGGGACCACGCUGACCUACUCCUGCAGAGUCGGGUUCUCUCUGAUCCCUGGAGUGUCCCCAGCAACCACCUGCCUUCAAAACUUCACGUGGUCCUCGGUCCCAAGGCUCUGCCAGAAGGUGCAGUGUCCCACCCCGGUCAUCCCCCACGGGAGAGAGGCCAGCCCCAGGAGAGAGGGAUACACCUUUGGGCAGCAGGUGGAAUUCCGGUGUGACCACGGCUACGUGCUCAUGGGCAGCGAGAGGGUCCAGUGCCUGUCCGACGGGAUGUGGAGACCCCCCGUGCCCUACUGUGACAGGGUCUGCGAUGCCCCUCCCAAAAUCACCAACGGGCAGCACUCUGGCAUAGGGGUUAAGCAGUUCCCCUAUGGCUCUGAAGUCAAGUACAGCUGUUCAGAGGGGCUGUCCCUCAUCGGGGACGAAUCCAUCCACUGCACCUCCGAGGAUGGGGAGAACCUGGCAUGGAGCAGACCUGCCCCAGAGUGCAGGGUGGUUCGGUGCCCCAGGCCCGUGGUGGAGAGGGGAAGGAUGACCCCGCAGAGGUUCACCUUUCCCUACGGGCUGCUCCUGCACUUCUCCUGUGACGAGGGCUUCAGGCUGCGUGGCGCUGCCCAGAGCCGCUGCCGGGCCGAUGGCACCUGGGACCCUCCCGUGCCCACCUGCCAGCCAGUUGUGUGUCCACAACCACGAAUUCCCUAUGGAAGGCUGAAAAGCCCUUUGGGUGGCAGAAAGUGGUACCAGACCAAUGAGACUGUCACUUUUGAGUGCCUUCACGGGUACCAGUUUUCAGACAAUGGAAUGAUGCCUUUGGGAGACACUGGGACCGCCACGUGCUUGCCUGAUGGCAGCUGGACACCGCUGCCCAAGUGUAUUGAAGAAGGUGAUGCUGAUGUGUGUCAAGAGGUUCAUUACAUGAAAGCGACCUUUGAAUGUGGUGUGCCUGUAGAAGAAGUGAAAACUCUGAUGGAAAUACAGAAACUGUUCCUGGAGAUUAAAAAACUAGAGCUGGAACUGAAAAGUGACUGUGGGCCCCCUCCUGCCAUGACCCACUCCAGGCCAUCCAGCGAUGAGCACCCCAGCAGCUUCCCGGUGGGGUCCAGGGUGACGUUCACCUGCGCCGAGGGCGCCCGCAAGAUCCCGGGGCUGCCGGACACCACGGAAUGCCUGCCCGGCAACCUCUGGUCCAGGCUGCUGGACCCCUGCGGCCGGAGCUGCGCUGCCCCGACCAGGCUGAGGUUUGCUGCCCUGUCCAAGGAGGAUGAGAGGAGGAAUUUCUUCCCUGUGGGGACCAACGUGAGCUACGUCUGCCGGCCCGGCUACGAGAACACCUCGGAGAGCUCCCCCUCCAGCACUUGCCUCGAGAACCUGGCGUGGUCAGAAGCUGCUGAGCUGUGCAGGAGGAGGUCCUGCGGCACCCCGGGAGCGCCGCCCGGGGGGAGGAUGGGGCCCCUCACGGACCUGCAGCUGGGAGCGCGGGUGGAUGUGUUCUGUGAGGAUGGGGAGGUCGUGGGUGGCCAGGAGGAGCUGGACACGGCGGAGAAGGUGCAGAGUAACGCUGAGAAGCAGCUGCUGAGGCAGCGGGUUCCCGGAGAGCCGCUCUUUGGGAUGCCAGGCGUGACUGGUGGAGGGGGCACCGCGGCCACCGCGUUUUCCCCACACCCAGUCCCACUCCCCCCCUCACACACGGCUUUCGUCAGAGAUUUCCCGGAGCUGAGCUGGCCAGGAGGGGCGGGCGGGGGCUCCGGCUGCGGAGCUCGGACCAGCCCCGCGGGAGUGGCUCCGGUGCCCGGGCAGUGCCGGGGGGCCGCGAUGGGCUCCGGCCGCCGCUGCUCGCUGCUGCUGCUGCUGCUGCUGCCCGCGGCCUGGGGGGACUGCGGGCCGCUGCCAAAUAUCAGCCACGCCGAGCCCCGAGGGGACACCAAACACCAGGAAAGCUUCAGUGUGGGCUCCACGGUGACCUACAGCUGUGUCCCGGGUUACACCAAGCUCCCCUUUCUCUCUGACACCAUCCGCUGCCUGCCAAAUUCCCAGUGGUCCAGCCUGCUGGAGUUCUGUGGCCGCAGCUGUCCCCGACCGCCAUCCGUGCCAUUUGCUGGGAUAUCACCACAAGAUCAAAGGCAGAACUUCUACGCCGUUAAUACCACGGUGAGGUACAUCUGUCGCCUGGGCUAUGAAAACACCACAGACCAGCCCCCCACCAGCACCUGUUUGGACAACUUAACGUGGACAAAAGUUCCUGAGCUGUGUCAGAAGAAAUCUUGUGGUAUUCCAGCCAAUCCAGAACACGGCCAAAUUAUUGCAGAUGAUCACCUGCUGGGUGCAAGAGCCAAGGUGGUUUGUGACCGUGGGUACAGAUUAGAGGGAGCAUCACCUUUCAUCAGGUGUGUCCUACAGGGAAACAAAGCUGCCUGGAGUCCUCUUCCAGCUUGUCAGGCUAUUUCCUGUCCCCCUCCUCCAGCCAUCCCCCACGGGCAGCACAGUGGUAACAGCGCGGAGGAGUUUGUGUUCGGCUCCGUCACAACCUACACGUGCGAGCCGGGGCUGGAGCUCGUGGGACAGGACACCCUGAGCUGCACCACGGAGAACGGGACCCACGGCACCUGGAGCGGGGCCCCUCCCGAGUGCCGGGUUAAAACCACAGCAGAGACAAACCAAACCAAACCUUUGGAAGACAACCCUUACUGGCUGGCAAGCAUCCUCAUUCCGAGUUGCAUCGUUCCCCCAGUAGUCCUUGGAAUUCUAGCUGGGAUCAUCAUGAGACGGAAAGAGAGUGAGAAGCACUCUUAUGAUGUGAGUUUACAAAAGCACGAGAUGAAGGGAAGGGAUGCAGUGAUGCGCCCGGAGGUAACGCAUGAGAAGAAGCAGCCCAAGCCCUGGAAUUACUAUUUUUGCCACACAGGGAAUUGCCACGUGUGUCCCAGCUGUGAGGAGCAGCUCCACGGUGACCUGUCCCCUCUCUCGGAGCCCGCGCGCCGCAGCUGCACCGCCUGCCAGGACUGGCUGAGCUCCCAGCCCCAAAAACCCCGCACCUACUCGGUCCCCAGCAUUGGGGACGGGGACAGACCAAGCGCAGCAGGCACCAGCUCUCCUGCCAAAGCUGUGGAUGUGCUGAGGGGAGAUGGCACAGGAGAAGCUGCUCCGUGGUGGAGUGAGGCAGAGCAGCCCAUGGACUACAAAAGUGACCACAUCUGUCUCAUCUGUGAGAGCUGGCUCCGUGCCCACACUGGCCAGGAUGGCAACAGUGCUGUGACACCGGGGGAGUGGCGGGACAAGGGCCCGUGGGGCACUGUCUGCCCUCCCUGCACGGACCAGCAGCUCCUGUCUCUUGUCCACGGGGACACAUCCAGCAGCCCUGUGUGUCCCCUGGCCGCGGAGGGGAGCCUGGUCCACCUGGUCCCUCUGCACAGCCCCGGCUGCCACGUCUGCCCCGUGUGCGCGGUGCCCACCCACGCUCACCUGUGCCAGCCCCAGCGCCUGGCACCCGACGGACCGUCCCGGGGACCCUGCCCGCAGCCCCGGGGGCUCAGCCGAGCCAAAGCUCCCUCCGUAGCCGGAGAAAAAAACGCCUCUUCGUGCAACAGCCGCGAGGGGAAUCCGUGGCUGAGCCGCCCUCCGCCCGUCCCGGAACGAGCCGCGCUCCGCAUCCCUGCGCAUCCCGCGGAGCCAGCACCGGCCCCGGGAGCGGCCCCGGGAGCGGCCCCGGCCAUGGCGCUGCGCUGGCUCUGCGCGCUGCUGCUGGCGCUGCCCGGAGCCGCGGGUGUCUGCUCGCAGCCGCCCAGGAUCGUCUUUGCGGAGCCGAUCACGCCCCUCGAGCAGUCCUACCCCGAGGGGGCCGUGGUGAAGUACAGGUGCCGCCCGGGCUACGUGAGGAACGGCGAGCAGUCCCCCUAUGUCACCUGUCUCGCCAACUCCUGGUCGAGGAAUUCCGCCUUCUGCACCAGAAAGUCCUGCGGGCAACCGCACAUUGAGAAUGGCAACUUUCACGCCAGGACCGACCUGCUCUUUGGGGCCACCGUGACCUUCACCUGUCACGCUGGGUACCGCCUGGUUGGGUCACUGUCUGCAGAGUGUGUGGUGAGAAAUGGGAAAGUUUCUUGGAGUGCUGUUCCAUCCUGUGAGAUUAUUCUCUGCCCACCACCGCCUGCAAUUAAGAAUGGACAUCUCCUCAGCGAGAAUGAAGAGUUUGCCUUUGGCAUGGCUGUAAGAUACAGCUGCAACAAAGGUUUAUCUCUUAUUGGAGAAGCCACAAUCUUCUGUAACAGUGGUAGGAACUUCCAGGGAGUCUGGAGCGGUCCAGCCCCUGAAUGCAAAGAAGUCAAAUGUGAAAAUCCAGAAGUGACAAAUGGGAAAAAGUUAUCUGGCUUCAGAUCUGAGUACACGUAUGGAGAUCAAGUGAGCUUUGAGUGCAAUCCUGGCUAUUCCAUGAAAGGCAGCAGCGCUGUUACCUGUGAUGCAAACAGCACCUGGACACCACCUCUGCCAACCUGUGAUGAAAUCCGCUGUGGUCGUCCCCCAGAAUUCCCUUUUGCCUCCCCAACAACGGCAGUGGGUGAGAGCUCUGCUUUCGGGACGAAAGUGAUGUAUCACUGCAAGCCGGGCUUCGAGCUAGCGCCUGGAAGUUCCUCUGCUGUCACCUGUCAGAGGAACGCAUCCUGGUCUGCUGCAAACCCACCAUCCUGUACCCGACAGCAGUGCUCUGCUCCCAGGGUAGAGCACGGGAAUGUGGUCGGAAAUGCCAAGACUUUCCCGUUUGAAGGAGUUGUGACAUUCACCUGCAACCCUCCGUACAAAUUGAAGCAGUCUUCUGCCACAUGUGUGGUAGCAGGAGAUGGAGUCGAUUGGGAUCCAGCACCUCCAUACUGUGGAGCGAACACGAUCAUUGUUGGCUCAGAAAGUGUCACCUGUCCCUGGGAAGUCCCUCAGCAGCGUCUCGUUCCGCACACGGGGGCAGUGGGGGGAACUGGGAUGCCCAUAUCUGCCCCGUGCCCCCGGGAGCCGCCGUCUGUGCCGGGGAUGGUGCUCACCUUCACCCUCUGCCUGCUGGGCAGCUCCGCUCUGCUCCUCGGCACCGCGUCCGCGGCUCAAGCUGCCCGGUGCCGGUCCCCACUGGUCCCGUAUGGGAGGGUGUACCCUGUCCGCUAUUACUACAACAGACGGGACACCGUGACCUUCACCUGCAAGCCGGGGUACACCCUGCAGGGCCCCCGCAGCAGCACCUGCGGAGCUGACUCCAAGUGGAACCCCCCUCUGCCGCAGUGCAAAAAGGAGGUGACAUGUCCUCGGCCACCAAGCAUCGCCAAUGGGCUGCACAGUGGACAGUCCUCGGACAAGUUUUCCCGGGGAGUGACCGUGUCCUACAGCUGCAAGGAGGGCUUUGAGCUGCUCGGGAAUGUGUCCAUCACCUGCACGGACAGCGGGCUGUGGAGCCGGCCCCUGCCCCGCUGUCAAGCGAUCGGCUGUCAGGUACCCGAGGUGCAGAAUGGGAAGGUCUACAACGUGCAGAGCACCUACAGAGCUGGAGACACUCUCCACUUUGACUGUCUGCCUGGUUAUGCAGCAGAGGACACCUACAAGGCUCGGUGCCAGCCCGGGGGCACCUGGGACCCGCCGGUGCUCGUGUGCCAGAGGGUCCGGCCGUGCCCGAUGCCUCCGGAGGUCGCCAAUGGAAACCACAACGGUCACGGCAAAGCAGGUUUCACCAUGGGGAUGUCUGUAAUGUACUCCUGCAAUCCCGGCUAUAUCCUCGUCGGAAAUCCCGCUGUGUCCUGCAGAGCAUCGGGGAACUGGAGCCAGCCCCGCCCUCGCUGUGAAGAGGUGACAUGUCCUCGGCCACCAAGCAUCGCCAAUGGGCUGCACAGUGGACAGUCCUCGGACAAGUUUUCCCGGGGAGUGACCGUGUCCUACAGCUGCAAGGAGGGCUUUGAGCUGCUCGGGAAUGUGUCCAUCACCUGCACGGACAGCGGGCUGUGGAGCCGGCCCCUGCCCCGCUGUCAAGCGAUCGGCUGUCAGGUACCCGAGGUGCAGAAUGGGAAGGUCUACAACGUGCAGAGCACCUACAGAGCUGGAGACACUCUCCACUUUUCCUGUGAUGCCAGUUACACCACAGAGGACACCUAUGAGGCUCGGUGCCAGCCCGGGGGCACCUGGGACCCGCCGGUGCUCGUGUGCCAGAGGGUCCGGCCGUGCCCGAUGCCUCCGGAGGUCGCCAAUGGAAACCACAACGGCCAGGGCAAAGCGUUUUUUACCGCUGGAAUGUCUGUAAUGUACUCCUGCAAUCCCGGCUAUUACCUGGUCGGAAAUCCCGCUGUGUCCUGCAGAGCAUCGGGGAACUGGAGCCAGCCCCGCCCUCGCUGUGAAGUGACUGUCUGCAUCAAUCCAAACGUAGCCAAUGGAAGGCAAAUCGAUGGUCACGGACUUCUCUCUGCUCCUGGGCAAACGGUGACAUUUCAAUGCCACGAUGGGUACAGCCUGCAGGGCAGUGCCAGGGUGUCCUGCCAGGAGGAUGGCAGCUGGCAGCCCCCUGCUCCUGUGUGUGACAGACCACUGCACUAUCAGAGCUCCUUAAACAGGUCUCCAGGUGCUUGUGAUGCUCCCCCAAGGUUACAGUUUGCUGAGCUAAAUGCGGAGCAUAGAAAUGCCAUUGAUUUUUCUGUUGGGAAGACUGUGCAAUACACUUGCCGCCCUGGAUAUGCUAAAGUCCCAAGAAUGUCACCUACUAUUACAUGCCUUGAGAGCGGAGUGUGGUCAGAAGCACUAGAGUUCUGUGAAAGGAAAAAGUGCAGUCACCCUCGUGAGCCUAUGAAUGGGAAGAUUAUUUCCCUGGCAGAUCUCCAGUUUGGGUCUACAGUGGUCUACGGCUGUGAGGAAGGGCACAGGUUAAUUGGACAGUCCAGCAGACGCUGUGAGAUCGCUGGGGAGCAAGUUGCAUGGAGCGGUGACGUUCCCUUCUGUCAGCGCAUCCCUUGCAUGCCACCUCCGGACAUCCCCAACGGGAAGCACACGGGCACGCUGCUGAGCGAGUUCCACUACGGCACCUCGGUGAAGUACACCUGCAACCCCGGCUUCCCGCUGCACGGGGAGCCCUCCAUCCACUGCACCACCCGCGACGGCAAGAACGGCGUGUGGAGCGAGCCCCUGCCGGCGUGUGGAGUGGCGAGUUGUCCUGUCCCACAGAUCCAGAAUGGGAGGAUCGUGGCUCCCAGGGCUGCCUACACACACAGGGACACCGUGACCUUUGAGUGUGACCUGGGCUAUGCCCUACGUGGCCACAGAGAGGUCCAGUGCCAACCAAACAACGCCUGGGAGCCACCUGUGCCGGUCUGCGAGCAGGCUGGCUGCAGAGCCCCUGCCAGCCUGGGCUUUGCCGAGCUGAAGGAGCCCUACAGGAACCAGACAGUGUUUCCCGAGGGGAGCAGGGUGGAGUACGUGUGCCGGCCGGGGUACACCCAGCUCCCGGGGAUGUCACCAGCCAUCACCUGCCUCAGGAACCAGGCGUGGUCUGCAGCGCUGGAGUUCUGUAAAAGGAAGCAGUGUCCCAACCCAGGGAACCCAGCGAACGGCAGAGCUGUUGUCCUGACAGAUCUCUUCUUCGGGUCCAAAAUUAAUUACACUUGCAACAAAGGGUACAAGUUGGCUGGAGGCUCCCAGAGAACUUGUGAGGUCUCUGGCACAGGUGUCUCGUGGAGUGGGGAUGCUCCUGUCUGCCAACGCAUCACCUGUGAUCCCCCUCCGGCCAUCCCCCACGGGACACACAACGGGAGCUCCAGGGACACCUUCUCCUUCGGGGACGUGGUCACCUACAGCUGUGCCUCGGGGCUGUCCCUGGCCGGGGACGCCUCCCUGUCCUGCAGCUCUGCGGACGGGCAGCGCGGCUCGUGGAGCGGGGCAGCGCCGCGGUGCCAAGAGGUGAGGUGCCCUGCCCCGCCGAGCAUCGCCAACGGGCAGCACGGUGCUAGCCCCGGGGACAGGCACGGGCUGGGCUCGGUGGUGCUGUACACCUGCACCGAGGGGUACUCCCUGGUCGGGAACGCCUCCAUCCGCUGCACGGCCGCGGGAACCUGGAGCCGGCCCCAGCCCCGCUGCCAAGCAAUUGGCUGCACCCGGCCGAAGAUCGAGAAUGGAAAAGUGGCUGGGUUGGAGACCACCUACAGCCUGGAGGACAUCGUUGUCUUCGAGUGCAACUUUGGUUAUGCCUUGAAGGGCUCUCAAGAGUCUCAGUGCAAGUUUGGGGGCAAGUGGGACCCUCCUGUCCCCACCUGUGAGAAGCUGCUGCCGUGUCCUUCCCCUCCAAAUAUCAGAAAUGGCCAGCACGACAGCAAAGGUGUGAAGGAGUUCAUCCCUGGAAUGUCAGUGAAGUACUACUGUGACCCGGGGUACGUCCUCACUGGGAAAACCACGGUUUCCUGUUUGCCAUCGGGAUCCUGGAGCAUCCCUUACCCCCGGUGUGAAGUGAUCACCUGCACCAGCCCCAGCAUCAAGGAUGGAGAGGUGGCUGAAGGCCAGAGGGCCGUGUACCGCCCUGGGGACAACGUCACCUUCCAGUGCCACCCAGGCUUUGUGCUGAGGGGCAGCCGCAGGGCCAAGUGCCAGCCCGACAGCCGCUGGGUGCCCGCGGUCCCCACCUGCCAUCCAGUGCCGCUCUGCCCGCCGCCCCCCGUCAUCGCCCACGCCACGCUCAGCGCCGAGCCGGGGACAAAUUUCACCAGCGGCACCUCCGUGAGCUACAGCUGCCAGCCCGGCUUCUCCCUGCUCGGGGACCCCUCCAUCCUCUGCACGGCCUGGGGCAACUGGAGCCUUCCCUAUCCACGCUGCGCAGCCGGUUGUGGCACACCAACACCGAUGUUAUUUGCUGAGCUAAGUGAGGAAUAUAAAAAUCAGACUGAGUUUCCUGUUGGGAUGACUGUGAACUACACUUGUCGGCCUGGAUACGUGCAGCAGCCACAGAUAUCACCAACCAUCACAUGUCUUGAAAACCUAACGUGGUCUGAAGCCCAGGAGUUUUGCAAACUGCUGCAAUGCCCUUCACCUCCAAAUAUUGACAAAGGAAACCACGACAGCCAGGACUUGGAGGUGUUCCCCGCUGGGAUGGUUGUGAACUACAGCUGUGACCCUGGCUACAGCCUGCUGGGAGCGGCAUCCAUCUACUGCACCGACUCUGGCAACUGGAGCCUCCCUGUCCCUCAGUGUGCAGGUGGCUGUGGUGCACCUCCAAACCUCACCUUUGCUGAGCUAGCCAAGGAAUACAAAACUCAGCUGAAAUUUGCUGUUGGAGACACUGUGCGCUACAGCUGCCGGCCGGGACACUCGAGACGCCACAGAAUGCCCCAAACUCUGACUUGCCUCCAAAACCACACGUGGUCUGAAGCCCCAGAGUUCUGUACAAGGAAGCAAUGUAAAUACCCAGAAACCCCCAAGAACGGCAGAGUUGUUGUUCUGACUGAUCUCCUUUUUGGGUCAACCGUGAGCCACGCGUGUGAGGAAGGGUACAGACUGGUUGGACAGUCCCACAGGAGAUGUGAGGUUUUGGGACGAGAUGUUGCAUGGACUGGUUCGCCUCCCACCUGUCAGAGGGUGGUGUGCCCAGUCCCACAGAUCCACAACGGGAGAGUGAUUGGCCCUAAGUCCCUCUACACCUACAAGGACUCUGUCACCUUUAAGUGCCGCAGGGGCUUCACCUUGCGGGGCCACUCCACCUCCCAGUGCCGAGGGGACAGGAGGUGGCACCCACCCGUACCUGUCUGUGAGAAGGAUGGAGUGGCAGAACGUUAUCACCAUCCUGAUACCACAACAAAGCCAGUGCUGCACUGCUCCAAGCCUGCAGAUAUCACCCACGGGUCUUUCCGUGGCCCAGCAAAAGCAGUUUUUACUCCGGGAACAUCUGUAAACUACAUCUGUGAGCAUGGCUUCUCUCUCCUGGGGACAGCAUCCAUUUCUUGCACACCAUCUGGAGCCUGGAGCCAUCCCCCUCCGGUCUGCCAAGUUGUGAAAUGUCUGCAGCCUCCAAACAUCAGCAAUGGGAGGCUCAAAGGCAACACCUCUGACACCUUUCCCUAUGGAGCCGCUGUAUCCUACAGCUGCGAUCCUGGUUAUUCGCUGGUUGGGAAUGCUUUCAUCAACUGCACGGUGUCGGGAGCCUGGAGCCAGCCCCUCCCUCAGUGCAAAGAGAUCAGAUGUGAAUUCCCGGAUAUCCAAGGUGUUAAAAGAGCCAUUAAAGGAAAUACUUAUCGCUCUGGGACUAACAUUACUCUUGAGUGUGAAGAUGGUUACAUGCUGGAAGGCAUCAGUCACACCCAGUGCCAAGAGGAUUUCAGCUGGGACCCUCCCGUGCCAGCCUGUAAACUGACAUCCCCCAAGUCUGGGUCAGUGGGCCUAGGAGUGGCAGCCGCGGCAGUUGUGCUGCUCCUGGGGGCAGGCGUUGUCUGGAAAAUCAUUUCCAAGCAGAAGGAAGGCUAUUAUCGUACGUAUGAAAACUAUAAUUGCAGAACCCCCCUGAACCCAGCAACUGAACAGAAAGGCUCAUGUCUCCCAUAGGAGGCUGGGCGUCCCUGCUGCUGCUAACCGGGCCCUGGGCUCCUUCCCCGCAGCGAGGAAGCGCUGCUCACGUGGAGACUGGAAUUCUUUGGCCAAAAAAAGGGCAUUUUACUGUAAAUCUUUAACGCUCUUCUGCUCCCAGUAGUUUCUGUAAGGAUCUAAUGAGGCUCAGACUGCACACAGUGCAGAUGCUGCCUCAGAGGGAAUUCUGUGCACUGCUCCUGAUGAAGAAUAUUUCCUUUAUUCCCAAAAAACUGGAUAACCAAGUGGAUAACCCCAAGCUGUGGUAGGGAGAAACCAUGUGUAAUGUACUGACCAUAACCCCCUCUCCCUGUCUCCCUGUGCCCACCAAAACAGGGGUGGAAGUCACCACGUGUUAAUUAAUAUCUUAAUUACAGCUGUAUUUACAUCUUUAUUUCCUUCCAGAAAUGCUUAUGUGCAGUGUUCCUUUACCAAUGCUUAACCUAAUAAAAGCUGAUGAUGACAA